AUGACUUUUCCUUUUCUACCGUUCAUGGUGGAGUUUCUCCUGCCCUGGCUAACUGAGAGAGAGGAGCUAAUUGGAACGUAUGCUGGUAUUAUUGCUUCAGCCCCAUUUUUUGGAAGGAUGUUUGCAAGCUAUGUGUGGGGUGGUAUAGCUGACAACAAAGGCAGAAAACCAGUGAUUAUAUCUAGCAUGUUAUUGGUGGGGCUUGCGUCAGUUGUCUUUGGCUUCAGUGUAGUUCCGAGAUUUCUUGUCGGAUUGUUUAAUGGUGUUGUUGGUGCUUGUAAGGCUGUCAUCUCUGAAUCAUCAGAUGAUUCUAAUCAAUCGCUAGGUGUUGCUUUGCUAGGAACAUCUUUUGGGCUAGGUAUCAUCCUGGGACCAGCCGUCUCUGGGGCUAUCUCUGACCCCAUUGGACAGUACAACCUUACCAUUGACAAUCAUGUGGUCAAAGAUUUUCUGGAAAAGUUUCCCUACUCUCCACCGUGUCUGUUGAGUGCCUUCUUUAGUGCAUUGUCUGCGUUACUGGCUGCGCUCAUUCUACCUGAAACAUUAGGAACUAACGAAGUGAAAUCAGUCAAAGUUUGGCACAGACAUCGGAUACUUCAGAAGUGACAGUGUCUAAUGCUAGCCUUGAGUUAGAACCCGAUAAAUUCAGCCAAGAUGAGAAUAAUUCAGUUUCUGCCCAAGUUUAUGCUGAUGAGACACCCACGGAAGAUCAAAAUGAUCGAGAGAAACUUAUCGGAGAGGAUUCUUUGGUACGGAGACAAAAUCCGCUGAAGCGUUGGUCCAUCAAAGCAGCACAUUGGUUAAAGAGUUCUGUGAAAAACAUUUUCACUUUGAUAUGGAACAAGCCGGACUGGGCUCUCUCUUCUCUGCUAUUCUGCCUUUUCUUCUAUAGAUUUUGGAUUUAACGAAAUUUACUCUGUUUGGGCCAGAACAUCACCUCAUGGUAAGAAUGACCUUUCUCACCUACAUGUAAAAAUAUAGGUCACCUUUUCUAUAGCUAAGUGUUUUAAUUUAUUGUUUUGGAGGUUCUUGUUGAAAUGUAGAGCCAGGAGGUGUAGGGGUCUUUUCUUCACUGUGAGUAACAAUUGAGAGUUGCCUGUUGAUUGUGUAUAAACGUGUACAUGUGUAAGUACUUAUUAUAGUGUGUUGUGUGUAUACGUUUAAUGGUGUUGCUUUCUCAAAUUUACACAACCACAAUUUUUCUGUGCCUGCACAGGAGGGUUAGGAUUCAGUCUCAACGAGAUUGGUGUCACGUUAUCUGUGUCCACAGUCCUCUUGAUACCAAUCACACUGGUUCUCUUUCCACUGGUGAGCUAUAGACUAUGUGUAUGUCUCGUAGAAAUCUGUCACGUAGAGGCCUGCAUGCAUAAUUCUGCUUCGUGUCCAUUCGCUCAUUUUCCUCCGUUCAUAUGACAACAGUCUAAUAAUGUUAUCAAUUGUUUAUACAUUUAGAAGAAAAACUAAAUUACAGAGUACAGAAUAGCGGGAAAUUCCUGUGAGGCGUAAAAUUUCGCAGUUUUCGAAGACAGUGGAUAAACUCCCACGCACUAGUAAAGCUAUUGGUGGGUGUGGUUUCCUGGCAUUGAACCGCGAAUACUAGAACCCACACACAUUUCUGUUGAAGACUCUGGAGCCAAAUAGCAAAAAUUUGCACCCGCAACAAUUUCCAGGCAUCUAUUAUAGCUGGUUAUUUUCGAGGCACUAAAUUUUCGCGGAUUGCUCAAUCAUGCUAAACAUUUCACGAAUUUUAUUUUCGAGGAUAGAGGUUCAAAUGACUACACCCCUACAGUAGAGAGGUUUCACGCUGACUUUAAGCAUAUCAAUAAGCGGAGGAAAAGAAACUAACAAGGAUUCAGCGAGCAAAGGGGGAAGAGCUCGAGCCUAAAAUCCCAAUACCGGAAGUAAACCAAUUUUCGAGAUUUGAGCUCAAUCCUCGAAAACCUUAAACAUUAAUUAGUGCCUCAAAAAUAACCAGCUAUACACGGUAAGUCAUGAUGAUGUAUACUUCUCAAUUUACACAUAGCUAGAAAAAAAGCUUGGCGUUUUGAGUGUUUUCUAUGAACAAUCAAUCGUUCUCGUUCCUUCCAUGAUGCUCCUACCUUAACAUCACGUACGUAAGCUUGUAUUGUAGAUUAUUGUACAGUUUCUUGCUGAGCACAUUUCCAGGCAGUUGAAGGAUAAAAACUGCUAUAUUUACAGUUUCUUCUAUUGUUCUCUAAAUGCAUGGCUAUGGCUUUUCAUCCAUCGCUAUUAAAUAUAUAGCUGCAUGGUGCUGAGACUGGUGUGAGCUAAUAAAAGCAAUUCAACCACGCAGGAAAUGGGCGCUGUGGCUCUUGGUGUGCUCUGUCCUACUUGUAAUGCAAGUAUGCUUCUCCCUGGGGUUUAACUGUUUGGUGAUUUUCAUCAAUAACUCUGUGACCUUUGACAAACUAGGAAAAGUAAAUGGAAUCGGACUUACAACAGCUGCAUUUGGAAGAGGCAUUUCUGCUUUGUUGUCUGGCAAGCUGUUCUCUGUGAGUCUGUCAGCGACAGCUGCUGGACUGGGCUACCCACUAGACUAUAGACUCGUCUUCCUCCUCUUUGGACUUGUGUUUGUGGUGUGUGUGUUUGUAGCAGCUUGUCUGCCUGUUAGCAUCAAUAAACAGAAGAGUUGUGAUUAAAGAGUUUUAUCACAAAACUGUUA